CGCGUGAGCGUCCGCGGUUAGUUCGUCACUUAUUUUCAUUUCGUUCGAUCAUAGAAACCGCGGAUCAAUACGAUUUUUCUACGAUUUACUGUCGUGUUUUCGGUUUUACAUUUAGUUCCGGUGUUCUACUGCUGAAGAAUGGUAUCAGGCGUGUGCACCUUAUAGAACCAAAACCGGGUUGAAUGGCAACUGCUGCUUCAAUAACUGUGUGUGGAUAAAAGAAAAUGAACAGAUUCAGGACUGAAUAUACUGACCGAGAAUGAUUAACUAUGUGAGCAUUUUCUUUUUGACUGCUCUUUUAUUUGGCUUAGUUGACGUAAUGACCGCUCAAAAAAAAACCAAUAAGACUGAAGUAAUAGAAAUCAGUUCUGGCAUCAAUGGAAGCAUGUUAGAGAGGGUGGAGUCAAAUAUGCAUCACAUGAUGAGGUGGAUGAAACACCAUCAUCAUCAUCGAGAUUUUGUGGGUAGAUGCCUUGGUGCAGUACGUCGACUGAAAUCAGUGUUAUUCUUUAUAGUCUUCGCUUUAGGAGUAAUUUUAACGACAUUGAAGUUCUUAACGAUUUUCGUACUGAAAGGAUUGGCCAUAGGACUGACGUUGUUAAUUAUCAACGUUAGUGGACUUUUUACAAAAUUUGCGGUUCUACAGUCAUCACAUAAAUAUCCUCAAAAGGAGCAACCCAUUCACGUUCACGUUCAUGGUAAGAAUGCGCAGUCGCCAACGUACACGUCGUCGUCGAGUCAUUAUCACACGGGUCCUGAUUAUGAGGAAACGUAUUAUUCGGAUUGGGACAGAAGUAUGAAUCCUCCAAGUUUAAGUAAUUUUAAUUCUAAGAGGAGAAAAGCGAGUCCUCUCCUUAAUCGUCCUUUAACCGCCUUAGAAAAAUUAGAACUAAUGAGGUUGUAUGAAAGGCUGGGACUGACUCAAAAAAUUAACGAUGUAACUUAAAAAUAUUUAUUAUGUUAAUUAAUGGAU